GAAUGGGCAACAUAAACCGAGUGGCUUGACCACGGUCGAGAAUGGCUUGGAUGCCUCUUACUUCUCGGAAAAGGGCAUCUCGUUACCGCAGUAUUCUCCAGGCAGAGCCUACGAGUUGUGGCACGUGUUAACGAAAGAAUGGAGCUGGCGCUUCCUACUGAUACUGGAGCUGACGCUCGAAAUUCUCCUCAUUCUCGUCUUCUCGCUGUUGAGGCUUCUACAACAAAGAAAACAAUCAUCUGCAUGCUCGUCUUGUCAAGAGCAAGACGGGUGUCUUUGACUAGAAUGAGUCUCAAAGGGACAAGGGACACGACCAAGAGCUUUCUCUUGGAGGUCACCAAGAUGGGCCUUCGAAUUGGACGAUGGCUGCUCUAAUUUUUCUCGUGCUGAUAGCAGGACGUGCGUCGAUCGCCGCAGAGAAUGACACAGAACGGGAAGAGAGCUUUGAUUCUCUGAUGCUUGUCGCCUUUAACUGA